AACGGCCCGUAAAAAACAAGAACUGUAAUUCAAUAUUACUCGUCGUUUGCAGAAUAAUAAUAGUGUAACCUUCUCCUACCUAACCUCAAUUCCAACGCAAGUCUUCGACUCAACCGCGAUCGAUUCCCGAUUUUCUUGAUGACGGACCACCUGACUUUAUGUGUUGACCACCUUGUUCCACCCGAAUCAUUGCAAUCACCACAAAAGGUUGAUGCUCCUGGAUCUAUUCAGGGUUCUUGCAGUAAAGUGACUGGUUCAGCCAGUUUCCCCAUUGAUAUAGAUGAAGAGGAGGACAGUGGUGCUGCUGAUGAAGAACAACCACUUAUUCAGACUGUUGAAUGUCGAAUUUGCCAGGAGGAGGAUAGCAUUAAUAACCUGGAGGUUCCUUGUUCUUGUAAUGGCAGUCUAAAGUUUGCUCAUAGGAAGUGUGUUCAACGUUGGUGCAAUGAGAAGGGAGAUAUUACCUGUGAAAUAUGUCAUCAGCCUUAUCAAUCUGGCUAUACUGCUCCCCCUCCUGUUGCCGAAGACACCACCAUUGAUAUCAGUGGGGCUUGGACUCUUACUGGUAGCCCUUUAGAUUUGCACGAUCCUCGCCUACUAGCCAUGGCAGCAGCAGAACGCCAUCUUUUGGAGGCUGAAUAUGAUGAAUAUGAUGAUUCAGAUGCUAAUGGAGCUGCAUUUUGCCGCUCAGCUGCUCUUAUUCUGAUGGCUCUUCUUUUAUUAAGACAUGCUCUGGCCAUGGGAGAUGGUGAUAGUGAUGAUGACGAUGCUUCCACCUUUUUCGCUCUCUUCUUGCUUAGGGCUGCUGGUUUUCUCCUUCCCUGUUACAUCAUGGCCUGGGCUAUUAGUGUAUUACAACGACGAAGGCAGAGACAGGAAGCAGCAGCACUGGCAGCAAGUGAUGUUGCAUUUAUGGUGCAGACGGGGCAACACAGGGGUUUGCAAGUAACGAUAGCAGCUGGGGCUCCAAUUACACCAGCACCUGCUUCAACACCAGGACCUGCUCUAACCCCUCAUCAGGAGCCUAUUCAAUAACACACUGUUUCAUCUCUUCAUGGUGAAUACAUUGCAUGUGUUACUGACUGGUCGCACCUUAGUCAAGUUUCACUUUUCUCCUGCAUUGCUGUAAAACCUGGAAGGUGAUUUAUUUUAUUUUGUACAUGAUUUUUAAAUUAUUCAGAACAUUUGUUGCCACUGCUUGUAAAUCUCAUUACCCUUCUCGGUAUUGUAAUUGUAUUUGAGCUUUUGAUACAAGUAUUCAAGUAAAUUUCAAUUUUCUCUAUCGAA